CUCGGGAGGUGGAAGCCGGCUACCUGCCGAUUCUCUCAAGCUGCCAACAGCUUUCAGCUCAGAAGUACCAGGAAAAGACGUCUCAUAGCUUCCUCGUCUCGGUACUGACUGUGUCGUGGACCAUUAAACUGAACAAGGCUCUAAGAUGGCUCAGAAAAUCAAGUCAGGUUCUGUGGUGGAGAUGCAGGGAGAUGAAAUGACUCGGGUCAUCUGGGAGCUCAUUAAGGAGAAACUCAUCUUCCCAUACCUGGAGCUCGACUUGCACAGCUAUGACCUGGGAAUGGAGAACCGAGAUGCAACAGAUGACCGGGUGACUGUUGACGCAGCAGAGGCAGUCCGGCGUUACAAUGUGGGCAUCAAGUGCGCCACCAUCACGCCAGAUGAGAAGCGUGUGGAGGAGUUCAAGCUUAAGCAGAUGUGGCGCUCGCCCAACGGGACCAUCCGUAACAUCUUAGGUGGCACAGUUUUCAGGGAGGCCAUCAUCUGUAAGAACAUCCCCCGCCUGGUGCCCGGCUGGGUCAAACCCAUCAUCAUUGGCAGACAUGCCCAUGGAGACCAGUACAAAGCCACAGACUUUGUGGUGCCUGGGCCUGGGAAGUUGGAAAUGACCUACACACCCACAAACGGAGAGCCAGUCAAGUUUGUCGUCCAUGAGUUUGAGGGCACAGGUGGUGUAGCCUUGGGGAUGUACAAUACUGAUAAGUCCAUUAGGGACUUUGCUCACAGCUCCUUCCAGAUGGCUCUGUCCAAAGCCUGGCCUCUGUACCUGAGCACCAAAAACACCAUCCUGAAGAAGUACGAUGGUCGCUUCAAAGACAUCUUCCAGGAGAUCUAUGAGAAGGAAUACCGUGCUCAGUUUGAGGCCAAAGGCAUCUGGUAUGAGCACCGUCUGAUAGAUGACAUGGUGGCCCAGGCCAUGAAAUCAGAUGGAGGCUUUAUUUGGGCUUGCAAGAACUAUGAUGGAGAUGUACAAUCUGACUCUGUGGCACAAGGCUAUGGCUCCCUGGGUAUGAUGACUAGUGUCUUGAUCUGUCCUGAUGGACGGACGGUGGAGUCAGAGGCUGCCCACGGCACGGUGACACGCCACUACAGACAACACCAGCAGGGAAAAGAAACCUCCACUAAUCCCAUUGCCUCCAUCUUCGCAUGGACACGGGGCCUGCUCCACCGGGCAAAGCUGGACAACAAUGCAGAGCUGCGAGUAUUCAGUGAGGCACUGGAGGCCGUUUGCAUCGAGACCAUCGAGUCUGGAUUCAUGACCAAGGAUUUGGCUAUCUGCAUCAAAGGAUUAUCAAAUGUGACUCGUGCUGAUUAUUUGAACACCUUUGAGUUCCUGGACAAACUAGCAGAGAACCUGAAGAUUAAGCUAGCCAACCAGCCCAAGCUGUGAUCUCACCUCCCAACCUCUGCAGUUAAACACAGAUACACACACAUUCAAACACAUGCUCACACACACAGAGACAUCUAUACAGCUACUGGAAUUACUGGCCCCCAAGUGACACUGGAGCAGUGAAGAGUGUGCCCAGGACUCCAGGAGGUCUUUGGACUGAAACCAUGUCAUUCCCUAACACAGGGUCUGAUCAUGCAGGGUGCCUUGUCUAGAUGAAAGGGGAACAUAAGCUUCUGAUCCAUGUAGGCCAACAUCCCUCUUAAUGCAUCACUAGUAGACAAAAAGCCAUACCGUGACAGUGUAAACACAUGAUUCAAACAUUAACUCACACUUGGCAAAUGACCUGAUGGGUCAGUGACCUUGUUUACCCUAAUUGCACUAGGUUCCCUGAGGAGAGUGUGGUGUGUGUUGUCAGUAUUUGUUGAUCAGUGCUAAACAGGGGACUAUCCCACCAGAAGUAGUCUGAGGGAGCUUCUGGACCCUCACUGCCUUAUUUGUUUUGUGUCAAAGUCAUCUGCUGGUUCUGGUCAUUCCCUACAUCUUAUCAUGUUUUACCAAUACCUCAGACAUUUGAGUGACAACAUUAUAUGUUUGAGUGCCAUUUCACAGCCACAGUACAAGAACAGCUAAUCAGCCUGUAUGUCACCAAUGAAACCUCUCAGCAUGUUAGUAGACCAGCCAUGCAUACAUGAAAUUGUACUGUUGUUCAAUACAUAACACACAACAUAUGGACUGACGUGUUCAUCGAUAGUAUUCAAACAAGGGUUCUGGUCCCCUUACACAAUUUGUAAAGACAUUAAGGUUACAAUACAUGCUUUUAGAUUUUGUACUCUUAUUAACUUUACUAUUCACAGUGGUUAAAAAGGUGUAUUUAUUUGUCCUUCCUAUGUGUGUGUGCGUGUGUAUUAACAUCCAGUAUGUCACUGAUGCAAAUCGUAAAUCUUCAUCAAAAUGUCCAUCUGUUGGUUUGUCAUCAAUAUUAUGCUUAAGUCCUAACAUUGUAACUCACAAUAAAUGAGUUUUUGAAGAAA